GCACGCAUGUGUACAGUUUGGCUGGACAGGUGGCUCAGUUUUGCUGGCAGCCAUGAGGAUCCUACCAAUUGUGUUACUGACCUUGAUGGCGGUCCAUUCCGGCUGCGGUCGAAAGCAGAGCAAGAAGGCCAAGGACAAGGGUCCUUGCGGCGGCAAGUCCUUUCUCAAGGAGCUGAACGGAAAGUGCUACUACGUGGCCAUCAAAAAGCUCAACUGGUUCGGGGCCCAGAACAACUGCCUGCGCAAGGGCCUCAACCUGGCCGACGUGUCCACGGCGGAGGAGUUCAAGGCGCUGACCCACCACAUGGCGGUGCAGGUGGGCAUGGACGACUACUGGUUCGGGGGCAACGACCUGCAGACGGAGGGCCGCUUCCAGUACAUCAGCAGCGGGAAGCUGGUGCGCUACAUGGGCGACUACGGCAUGGUGGAGGCGACGCACCGCUCGAACAUGGACGACUGCCUGGAGAUCAGGAUUCGGCCCAACCGCACCGUUGUCCUGGACGUGAACUGCCAGGAGAAGAAGUACUUUGUCUGCGAGCAGAGCCAGCAGAAGUGCGCCAUUCCGACGGCGGACAGCGAUGCCGCCGGCCAGCACCACAGCCACGAGCACUUGCACCACUUCCACCACGACGCCGGCAAGAAGGACAAGCACGAGGGGGCGGGGAAAAAGGAGCAAAGUGUGGAGAGCGACUCGCGGCCAGCUGACAAUUCGAAUUCAACGGAGAUCGGGGUCUCGAAGGAGGCAGAGGCGGAGGGCACGACGGCUGGAGGUGAGGGUGAGACGACGACGGCGGCGGGCGGCACGACGAAGGUGGCUGAGAAGGAUGGGGCAACCACUGCCGCCGGGGGUCAAACGACGCCAGCGGACGCCACUGCAGAGCCCGUUGCUGCGACGGAGGCGCCCGCUGCCACUCCGGCAGAAGGAGCCACUACGGCUGCCGAGGAAGCGACUCCCGCGGCAGAAACUCCAGCGACCGAGGCCGCAGCAGCCGCGGAAACACCAGCACCUCCGGCGACCUGAAGCACUAACCCACUAACCCCAACCAGGCGAACCAAUAGACCUCUAGGGAAUCGAAGAAUGUUUGAGCUUUCACAAAAUAAAUUUGAAUUAUAACAACA